AUGGUCCGAGGACCACAACCAGAGAACGCUGACCCAUCCUCUUUGUUAUGGUGUCGCGAUGACAAUCUGUUCAAGCGCAACUACAAGUUUGCCAAAGAUUCUGUUGUGAAGAACAAGAAAGCACUUGGACUCGACUUCAACCCAAGUCCAUCUGCUCCAAGGGUUGAUGGCACCCGUGAUGCAAAUCCAAACAUCACCGGCCCCUUCUAUAACCUCGAAGGCCUCAUCACUCACAUUGCAGUACAGGGAGCCGUUGUGGAUCACACAACGGAUGAGGCAGAUUCAGAUGAAGCGCCAGCUCCACCAAAGCCGCAGAAGCAAAAGAAAUCAAAGGCUUCAAAGCCCUCUGCUGCACCAAGUGCUUCACGUAUGAAGCCAUUGGCAACUGCACCUCCUGAAGCCAGUGUGCAAUCUGAAGAUCUCUCUCGUGUCUCCAGGAAGACAGAGAAGCCCAAGAAUAAGAAGCCCAUGAAGAUCUCUGGGCAUGACCUUACUCCUGCUGCCGUUCUGCGGAACGAAAAUGAAGCUAUUGAUCUGUCAAAGCAAGCAAGAGGCGGAGAGAUCUUCAACGAUUUGCCCCUCUUUGAUGUGGAAAUUUUGAAUAACUUCAUCGAUGAGUGGUUUGAUAACCCCAGCCUCAGCAUUGAUGAUCUUCAGCUGCCAGUUGACAUCAGCGUCACCUUCCAUGGAGCCAUAGCUAAUGAGCUGGCUCUAGCUCAGAAGAUUGUCGAGCUGAAGAACAAAAUUGACUAUGAAAAGGCUCAAUUUAAGAAGAACAUGGCCAAGCUCAGCGUGGCUGAUGUUCAAAGCUUCAAGGAGAUGCUUCAUGAGCUCAAAGAACAGUUUCACAAGAAACGUGAAGAAGCAAAAGGUUCAAGAGAGCGGAUGAAAUACUUCGCAGAGAAAUGUGUUCAAGCACACAAUGAGGCAGAGAAGCACAAGGCUCUUGGGCGUCCUGACAUUGACCCCAAGAUGGCUGCCAAACAAAAGAAGAAGCCUGCUUUGGCUCAAGCUGAAGCAUCAAGGCAGGAAGCACCUCGCAUUAUCUUCCCUGCUAGUAUGACAGGCUUGAAGCCUAUGACCCCCUCAGCAGCUUCAAGACUGAAAAAGACAAGGGCAGCUGAAGCCGAAGCCAAGAAGGGCAAGCACAAGAAUGCCUCUGAUGGUGCUCCAUCAACAAAGAAGCCGAAGACAAAGUCUUCGUGGAAAGAGCGUGCUGCUGCCAUAGAGCCACUUGUUGUCGAGCCAAUCUCUGUUGCUCGUCUUGCCUCCACCAACCAAGAGCGUCAACUUAUAGUUCACGAGCCUGCUUCCAAAGAGGCUCAUGAUGAUGAAGAAACCACUCCAUCACCACAAGCGUCGCCAGCUUUCCGGAGGCUUCGCAAAGGCCCUAGGCUGCAGGUCGCCAUGUCGACCAUUCCAGAGGAAGAAGUGAAACAAAGCUCAGUAGCACGCCAAGUGUUCCCUGAAGCCACUCCCACUGCGAAUGUCUCCGAGUCUGAAGCUAAAGCUGUUGAAGACAUUCCGGCUGCAUCAGCCGUUGACAAUCAAGAACCAAGAGAUGAAGAAAGAGUUGCCACACCCCCUGGUACCCAAGAAUUUGUUCUCGAGGAGAACGUGUCUGUGCCCGACCCUCCUACUAUUGAAGAGGAGGUUGCAAACAUUGAGGCGGCCGCACAUACAACCACUGAAGCCCAUGACGUUGUCAUGGCUGAAGCUAAUGUAGCGCCUGAAGUGAAUAUGGUGCCUGAAGCUAAUGUUGCACCUGAAGCCAAUGUGCAGUCUGAAGCCCAUGGCAAUGCCAAUGCUCCUGUACCGCCUCCAAGACCUCACACCAUUGAGCAAGAAUUUGAUCACGGCCAGCUUGUCACGGUUCGAUGGCCUAUUCUGGUUCCUCCGCCUGCUCCCGGACCACAAUUUGACAACCAUGUGGAGCACAGGCCUCAGGUCCAGAAGCCAAAGCCCCGACUGCCAAGGUUUCCUGGAGCUGCAACUUCACCAGGUUCAUUCAGUGUCAAUAGCUUCAAGGCUCACAAUACCUUCUUUGACAGUGCAAAGAACCCUUACUCAAGGCCAAGAAUCUCAUCUGAUCGCUUCUGGAGCUAUCAACAGCAGUCUGCUCAUGAGUCUGAAGCCAAAACUGCUGAAGACAUUCCGACUGCAUUAGCCGAUGAAGGGAAACAAGAAGAAAGAGAAGUUAUUCCCCCUGCCAGUGAUCCAGUUGUGCAAGAAGAGAAUGUGAUCGUGCCAGACCCUCCAGUCCUUGAAGCCAUGAAUGUUGAAGCUAAUGAGGCUGCCACCACUAUCACCACUGAAGCCAAUGACGAUGUCAUGGCUGAAGACCAUGUGGAGCCCAAAGCUAAUGCUGCCCCUGAAGACAAUGUGCAGCCAACCACCUCUGACGUAGUCAUUCCUUCUCCAGUGCCUCACACUAUGGAAUGUGCUUACAAUCGUGGUGGUGAGCUUGUUACUGUAAGAUGGCCCAUUAUGGUUCCUCCUACUGCUCCAGGUCCACAAUAUGACUAUCAUGUGGAGCAAAGGCCUCAGACACAGAAGCCGAAGCCCAGAUUGCCAAGGCUUCCCAGUGCUGCAUCAACCUAA